AUGCCUUCGCAGGAUCUGAUGGCUUAUUGGGGCUACAAAUUUGAAACACUAUCUGUGCUUCCCGACACAUGGGAUGCAACGCCUCGUGAGACAAUCGAAGGCCGUGUUGACCAAGUUGUCAACAACAAAUCUCAGUACUGUUCGGUUGUCCGGACUGGAAUAGGAAAAGUCAGACUCGUCAUUGGCGGGGAGGUCGACGCAGUCUGGGACUGCAAGCCCGAUAGAAAAGAAGACCCCAUCAAUUGGGUAGAAUUGAAGACGACCGCCGAAAUCUACAAUGAGAGAGACAUGAUUAAAUACGAGCGAAAGCUGCUGAAAUUCUGGGCCCAAUCGUUUCUGCUCGGCGUUCCCAAAAUCGUCGUCGGUUUCCGGAAUCAACAAGGAAUCCUUUUACGGAUAGAGGAGCUCGAAACUCACAGUAUACCUGUCAACGUCAAGAAGUAUGGCAAGGGGAGCUGGGACGGCAACGUCUGCAUCAACUUUGCCGCCGCCUUUCUUGAAUGGCUCAAAACGAUCGUGAACCAAGAAGGCACAUGGCGACUACGGAAGCGAGAGAAAUCGUCAGUUAUCGAGGUCUUCAAGAUUGAAGAAAGUGGGAAUGGCGAUAUUCUCUCCCCGGCCUUCACGUCAUGGAGGACACAGAAGACAUGA